GCCGCCCCGAGAGCCAGACAGCCAUGCAGACCGCCACCGCCUCCAUCCUCGACGUCUCCCGGACCGGGGUCACACGGCAGGGAGGAGGCAGUGACGCCGGCAGCAGCAGCAGCAACCGCACAGGACAAUGUAGCCAAAUAUUUCCACCUCACCUUGGCGUAUCAGAGAUUAUCCAUGGCAAUGGUACCACCGUGGGCACAGUAAUUACAUUCCGGUGUUCUGCAGAACACCAACUGGUUGGACAAGGAGUUGUCACAUGCAUCUGGAAAGGCAAUAGUACCCAAUGGACAGCAGACAUUCCUGCAUGCAAGCCUAUAUCCAGAUAUGAAACCUUUGGUUUUAAAGUUGCAGUGAUAGCCUCCAUUGUGAGCUGUGCCAUUAUUCUACUGAUGUCUAUGGCUUUUUUAACUUGCUGUCUCAUCAAAUGUGUUAAGAAAAGUGAAAGAAGAAGAGCUCAAAGGGAUAUGCAGCUGUGGUAUCAGCUCAGGAGUGAAGAACUGGAAAACAUGCAAGCAGCUUACUUUGGUUUUAAAGGAAGAAAUAACAACAAUAAUAAAAAGGUCAAGAAUAAGCCAGCAUUUGCUGGUGGUAAUCAGAUGGCAUAUGAUAACCGAGGCUUCUGCAGUUUCCAUGAAGACUGCAAUGGAGACAUUACAGGAACUGAUGGCUAUGGAGAAAAUUAUUUACAAAGGAAUUUUGCCAAAACUAGCGGUGCACUUGGUCAACAGUUAGUACCAGGUCAUAGUAUUGCCUUGCAUACCAUCAGUACAAUACAUGUUGUAGAAGUCUAUAGUCAUGAAAAAGAUACACUUGGAACUCUGGACACUCAUUUACCUGGAUACAGGGCCUCAGAAACACAAUGAAGGAUUUGCUGGACCAAAGCCAAAUGUGAACACCGAUACUUGCUGAAUGUGCCUUACAGACUGCAUAGAAAUAAAUGACUGGAUUAUUCCUAUAUAUCUGCUAGAGUAAAUGUCAGAAUAUAUUUGCAGAUUUAACAGAGUUAUUUGAAAAUAUAUCCUGAUCUGAUUUGAAUAAAACAAUGUGUCUUGCUAUUUUACAGGAAGCUGCCAUUUUUGCCAUUUGCAAAAAAAUUUAAAAAGUGAUUACAUCAAAGAACUAAUAGUAAAUUGUUAUGGCAUAUGUUUCUAUAUAUAUCACUUCUCAAUUGUUGGUACUUUUGCUGCAUGUGAACUCCCUAUGAACAAGGACAGAAGCACAUGACUGCAAAUUUCUUUUUAUCUUCUGUUUUUUUUAAACAAACCAGGAAGUUAUAAAAUGUAUUUUUGCACAAA